GUAUUUUUAUAUUUAAAAAAUAAUAAUUUAUAUUUCUAUGUAAAUUAUAAAUAUUUGAAUAACAUUUUAAUUAAAAUUUAUUAUUUAUCAUUUUUUAAUUUAAAGAUUCUUGAUAGAGUUUUAAAAAUUAAAUCUUUUUUAAAAAUGAAUAUUAAAAAUACUUACUAUUAA